AUGGUUCAAGAUACAUACGAUCAUUGCACGGCUGAUCCUGAAGUAUUUAAGAAAUUACUUAAAGACGCGGAAAAAUCAUUGUAUCCGGGUUGCACAAAGUUUACCAAGUUAUCUGCAUUGGUUAAACUAUAUAACUUAAAAACUACAAAUAGCCUAUCUCACACUGGGUUUUCAGAUCUACUGGCGUUGUUGGGUGAUAUGCUGCCAAUGAACAAUGAAAUACCAUCAUCCAUGCAUGAGGCUGUUAAGACGUUUGCUGCAUUGGGAAUGGGAUAUGAGAAAAUACAUGCAUGUCCAUAUGACUGCAUACUUUAUAGAAAGGAGUACAAAGAUGCAACUUCAUGUCCUACAUGUGGUACAUCAAGAUGGAAGUUGAAGAAGAAUUCCACUAAAAUAAGAAAGGAUGUGCCUGCAAAAGUUUUAUGGUAUUUUCCACCUAUCCCAAGAUUUCAAAGGAUGUUCCAAUCAGCAAAAAUAGCGAAGGAUUUGACAUGGCAUACUCAUGAAAGAGAUUCUGAUGGACAAUGUGUCACCCUGCAAAUUCUCCAUCAUGGAAGUCCACAACAACCUGGUAAUGACAUUGAUGUUCACUUGGUACCACUAAUUGGUGAUUUGAAAAUGUUGUGGAAGGUAGGUGUUGAAGCUUAUGACGCUUAUAAAGAAGAACACUUCAGGCUGAAGGCUAUAUUAUUAUGGACAAUUAACGACUUUCCAGCAUUAGGCAAUUUGAGCAGUUGUACUGUAAAGGGAUAUUAUGCAUAUCCAAUUUGUAGUGAAGGAACAGGUUCUCACAGAUUAAAAUAUGGUAAGAAGAACACAUAUGCUGGCCAUAGAAAAUUUCUUCCACGCUACCAUCCAUAUCGGAGGCAACAAAAGGCUUUUAAUGGUGAGCAAGAGUUUGGAUUAGCUCCAAUUCCAUUAACUGGUGAGGAGAUAUUAAAUAAGGUUGAAGGACAUAAUUUGGAUGUCAUGCAUAUUGAGAAGAAUGUGUGUGAGAGCCUCAUUGGUACGUUACUCAAUAUUCCAGGAAAAACAAAGGAUGUAAUUAAUUCUCGCCUUGAUCUUGUAGAAAUGAGUUUGCGUAAAGAAUUGGUACCACAAAUUGGGGAGAAGCAAACAUACUUGCCUCCAGCAUGUUACACAUUGUCUAAGGAGGAGAAAAAAAGAGUAUGUACAACAUUAUUAGAAUUGAAGGUUCCAGAAGGAUACUCUUCAAAUCUGGGAAGUCGUGUAUCCAUGCAAGAUUUGAAACUUUAUGGUCUAAAAUCACAUGAUUGUCAUGUAUUGAUGCAAUACAAAGUGGUGGAUGUGAGAAAAUUAGAUGAGAUUCAAAAAAAUCUUGUGGUCACAUUAUGUUUGCCUGAAAAGUAUUUCCCACCUUCGUUCUUUGAUAUCAUGGUGCAUUUGAUAGUGCAUCUUGUUAGAGAAGUUCGACUUUGUGGACCAGUUCACUUUAGAUGGAUGUACCAAUUUGAGAGGUUCAUGAAGAUUUUAAAGGGUUAUGUUCGUAAUCGUAAUUGUCCUGAAGGUUGCAUUGCUGAAAGUUAUAUUGUAGAAGAAGCUGUUGAGUUUUGUGCAGAGUACUUAUCUGGAGUGGAUGCAAUCAGGAUUCCUUCUAAUAGAAACAUGACAGUUGAUGAUGAUAUAGAAAUUGGAAGGCCUUUAUCAAGUGGUUAUGUUGUUAUUGUUGAUCGUAAUGAAUGGGAGCAAGCACAUCGUUAUGUGUUAGAAAAUACAAGUGACAUUCAACCAUACAUUGAGGAGCAUAUGGCUUGGUUGAAGCUAAAAUAUCAUCGUCAAUCACAAAGUCAAAAAUGGUUACAAAUUGAGCAUAAUAAAACAUUUAUGUAUUGGCUUCAUGAAAAGGUCUCAAAGGAAUUAAGUGGCCAAAAUAAUAUCUCAAAUAACCUGAAGUGGAUAGCACAAGGACCUCGAUUGGAUGUUAUAAAAUUCCCUGGCUAUAUCAUCAAUGGUUGUCGUUAUCACACAAAAGAUCGGGAUAACUCACGAGUCAGCCAAAACAGUGGAGUUAGUUUAGUGGCAACAACAAUGCAAGUGACAGGUUAUAAGGAUAAGAAUUCAGUGUUUACAGAUAUGAGUUACUAUGGAGUUAUUACUGAGAUAUGGAAACUUGACUACAAUAUGUUCAAGAUUCCGGUAUUUAAGUGUGAUUGGGUUGACAACACAAAGGGAAUUAGAGUGGAUGAGUUGGGUUUCACAUUAGUUGAGUUAGGGAGGAUAUGCCAUAAAGAUGAUCCCUUCAUUUUGGCUUCCCAAGUUAAGCAAGUUUUUUAUGUACAAGAUCAACUUGAUCCGAGAUGGUUAGUUGUGAUAGAACCUCCUCAAAAACAAUAUUCUUAUGAAAAGGAUGAUGAGUUCAAUGAUUUUUGUAUAGAGCAUCAUGGCUUUACAAAAGUUUUGCCAGAAGUUGAAUCAUUAGAUAUGGUUGAUGAUUCUUUGUCAUCUUACGUGCGAGAAGAUUGUGAGGGAACUUGGCUCGAUAAUCCAUGA